GACUGCCCGUCAAAAUGUGCAACGCAAACCAAAUUUAUGACAACCGAAAAGCCCUUCUGAAUUCACAUUCAAUAUCCUCAUUUUCGAGCUCCGGAUCUACAAAGAUUGCCUAUUCACUAAACUCCUCGGCCGAGCGCAAUGUUGAUCGAGGAUCAGAGGACAAAGAACUUAGAUCAAAAUGUUGGCGGAAGUGUGAGAUUGACGGUUUAAUACUUGAAGGAGAUGAGAUCUCUAUUGGCUUGCUGUGCAGAUUUGGACUCUACAACGAUGAUUUCGCCGAGUUAAGGGGAAUAGGAAAGUUCUAUCCUCAGACUGAAGAUAGUCUCAGCGUCUCAAUGAAUUGGGAUUUGAAUCUUCCUCAACUUGUCAGAGAUGGCCCCGCGUCAGCCGCUUCUACGCUUUCUGAAAAGAGUUGUAACAAGUUCAAACUGAUUGACUUCGAAGAGUUUGUACGAAAGGCUUGGGGGGUCUACUCUGCGGCAGUUGCGCACUUCCUCUUCCAAUAUGAAAUUCUCUGUGUGAUGCUGUACUGGAACUUCGCCAGAGACGAUGAACACAGGAAAUUUUUAUUCCAGCUGAAGGAAUGCCUAGAGGGAAGAAAGGCCGAUCCCUUCUUGUACGCAGCAACGGUAACCGCUUUGGAAAGUGAUAGUACGGAGCAAACCGAUGAUGUGUGCUCUAAGCUGGAGACAGCCCUGAGCCUAGUCAUCAGGCCAUUGCAGCGAACCCUUCAAAAGCCAGACCCGGCCCGAAUUAUACUCCGAGAAUUGGAAGUCUCGAAGGCUCGGUUUAUCGGCCACUUCUAUACGGCGAAAGUAGACUGGGAUAUGCCAUUCGAUGAUCGCACCGAGAUCCUGGGUCGUUUGAAACACAUCGGAGUGUCUGCACAGGCGCAAGUUUUGUCAGGAGAGGAUCAUGCUUUCUAUAAGCAGCUCGAUACUCAAUCUGAAAUACUAGAUCCCCAAAGUUUGUGCGAAAUUAACGACCGCUGGAACCGACUCUGUCACUCGGUUAAGGAAUAUAUGGACACUUGUGUCGUCAGUGAGGCGGAGAUGAACCAAUUUGCCCAGGAGCUGUACCGUCAUCGCAAUAUCUUUUCUUUUACUGCUGUUAUAUUAGGAAUGGAAGCCAGCCAGUCCCGGGCCCAUGCCAAGCAGCAGCAUUCCUACCUUCUUGAACCUUCAAGGGAUUAUAAUCUCGUUGCAAACCUCAAAUAUAUGACUGAAUCCUAUCCGGUAAAUGGUUUUGCAUCAUCGGAUGAAACGAAGGGGCAUCAUUUCCCCAGCACUAGUAACGCCUUGGAGGAUACUGGCGUGAUGAGCUACCUGAGAGAUAUGGUCCGUCAGGUAUUUCUUGGGGGUUCUCUAUUCGGCUGCUUUGGGCGUUAAGUAGUUCGUCUCCUUACGAAUGACCUCCUGCGAUUUCUCUGCAGUUGUCAAUGAACAAGGGCCAGGUGAUCAAAUUUCUACAAAAUACCGCUGGAUGAAAAGAAGGG